AUGUCUACGGAAGAGAGGAUAGCGAAGGCCGAAUCAGAAGAUGUUGAGAUGACCAAUGGAGGUGCUUUGGAAAAUGUCGAAGAGGAAGACAUUGAGGACCAAGAGGAAGAGUCUCUAAAGACUAAGAUAAAGUUACUUCCACAGGCCACAUCUGAAGAUGGUACCUGUGCUUCUUUCCAAAUCGCACAAGAAGAUCAUACUUUGGGUAAUGCACUAAGGUAUAUCAUUAUGAAGAAUCCAGAAGUUGAAUUCUGCGGUUACUCUAUUCCACAUCCAUCUGAAGAACUGCUAAACCUGAGAAUACAGACGUAUGGUAAUAUUACAGCUGUUGAUGCUUUGCAAAAGGGUCUGGAUGACUUGAUUGAUCUAUGUGACGCUGUCAAGGAUAAAUUUGUUCAAAGAUUGCAAUCUUAA